AUGAGCUUCGACCCGCACGCCGAGCCCCUCGUCCGCCCCGCCAUCAGCGCAGACGACGCGGUGCGCGUCGCGCGCGAGCGGUACGGCAUCGCUGGCAGCGUCAGCGAGCUCGGCUCGAACCAGGACCGCAACUUCCUCCUCACACCAGCGAAGAGGGACCAUAACGUGCAGCGCUACCUCCUCAAGUUUGACAACGCGGCAUACCUGACGCAAGAGAUCCAGACGCAGAACGACGCGCUGCUGCGCUUGUCUGCGGCCGGGCUGACUGUCCCCGCGCCAGUGAAGUCUCCGGCAGGCAACACCAUCGAACAUGCCCUCGUUGGGGGGAAGGACGUGCGCGUCCGCCUGCUCACGUUCGUCGAGGGCGAAAGCAUGGUCAAGGACGGCGUGCUCGCCCCGUGCGUGAUCGCGCAGCUCGGCGCGCUGGCCGGCCGCGUCGUCUCCGUGCUCGCCACCUUUCCGUCGACAGGCCUCGACCGAAGCCUGCAAUGGGACCUGCGCAACGCCGUGCCCGUGGUAGAGGGGUACAUCGAUUCCGUGGCCGCUGACCGGCGGGGCCAAGUACUCGCCGCGACCAAGAUCGCCUACGACCAAGUCUCUGCCGUUGCGUCCCGCCUGCCUAUCCAGCCGAUCCACGGCGACAUCACAGACGACAACGUCGUCGGCAGCCGCGACGCCUUCGGGCGCGUGCGCCCCACCGCCGUUAUCGACUGGGGCGACAUGGGCACGGGGUACCGCGUCGCCGAGAUCGCCGUGGCCGUGAGCUCGGUGCUGCACCACCAAGGGGCGGGGCGCGCCUUCGACGCGCUGCCGGCCAUCGCCGCGUUCGACGCCGCCGCCGGCACGCCGCUGUCCGACGCGGAGAUCGACGCGCUCUGGCCGCUCGUCGUGUUGCGGGGUGCCGUGCUUGUCGUGAGCGGCGCGCAGCAGGUGGCCUUGGAGCCCGGGAACACGUACGCCAAGGAACGCAUGGAGGCCGAGUGGCGCCUGUUCGAGAUUGCCGCCGAGCUGGACACGCGCGUCGCGGCGGCCGGCAUCCGCGCCGCGCUCGGCCGCGAGGCUAGCCCCCCGCCCAGUGUGGGCACGCUGCUCGACCGCGCGUCGACCGCGGUCCGGCUUGACACGGCCUCCCCGCUCCUCGCUGCAGGCGUGUGGCUGCGCGGCGAGGAGGCCGAGGCCGCGCUCGCGGAAAAAGUCUACACUGCGCGCUUUGCGUACGGCGAGCACCGGCUCACGCGGACCAUUGGGCCCGGGAAGGAGCGCCCGGUGAAUGCUGCGCUGUUUACGGAGCUUACGCUCGCCGAGCCGGUGGCCCUCACUGCGCCGUUUGCGGCCGAGGUGGCCGCCACGGCGGACGGGUUCACGCUGGCGUCGCCGACGCACGGCACGCUGCGCCUGUUUGGCGACGUCGACUCGGCGCCCUCUGGCGCCGUGGCCGAGGGCGCGCCGCUCGGCCGCGCGACGGGCCGCCUCAAGGUCCAGUGGGCGCGUGCGCACGCGCCCCCGCCACCGCUCUUCACCGACGCCGACUCGCUCCCCGCGUGGAAGAGGCUCACGUACGACCCCGCCGCCUUAGUCGCCGCCCCGCCAGCCGACUGGCUCCCUGACGUUGCUGCUGAGCGGACGCGCCGCGAGGCGGCCGUCGCGGGCGCCGCGGAGCGAUACUACGAGAUCCCGCCCGACAUCGAGCGCGGGUGGCGCGAGCUGCUCAUCGACACCACGGGGCGCUGCUACCUCGACAUGGUGAACAACGUCGCUGGGAUCGGGCACGGGCACCCGGCCAUGGCGGCGGCGGUCAACCAGCAGCUGCUCACGCUCAACACGAACAGCCGCUUCCUGUACGCCUCGCUCGCCGACUAUGUCGAGCGGCUGCGCGCGCUCGCGCCUGACCCGUCGCUGUCGGUGGUCAUGCUCGUCAACUCGGGCUCCGAGGCCGUCGACCUCGCGCUCAAGCUCGCGCGCGCGCAUACCGGCCGCCAGGACGUGCUCGCGCUCCGCGAGGCGUACCACGGCUGGACGGGCUUCACUGACGCCGUUUCGACGUCGGCGUACGACAACCCGUACGCGGCCGCGAGCCGCCCCGCGUGGGUGCACGUCGCCGACGCGCCGAACACGUACCGCGGGGCACACCGCGAUACCGACUCGCGCGACCCCGGCGCCAAGUACGUCGCUGACGCGGUGCGCCUGCUCGACGACCUCGACGCGCAGGGCCGGCCCGUGGGCGCGUUCCUCGCCGAGCCAGUGUUCGGGAACGGCGGCGGCGUGCUCUUGCCCGACGGAUACCUCGAGGGAGUGUACGCUGCCGUCCGCGCCCGCGGCGGCGUGUGUAUCUCGGACGAAGUCCAAGUCGGGCUUGGCCGGCUCGGCCACUACACCUGGGGCGUGGAGCAGCAGCGCGUCGUGCCGGACAUCAUUGCCGUCGCCAAGGCGCUGGGGAACGGGUAUCCCCUCGGCGCAGUAUACACUACGCAGGCGAUCGCAGACAGCUUGGUGCGCGAGGGCAUGUUCUUCUCGUCAGCGGGCGGCGGGACGGCGAGCGCGGUCGCCGGGCUCGCCGUGCUCGACGUGAUGCGCGACGAGGCGCUCCAGGCCAACGCGGCCGCGGUCGGCGACCUGCUGAGCGCGGGCUUUGCCGACCUCGCAAAGCGCCACAAGCUCAUCGGCAAAGUCCACGGCAUGGGCCUGUACCAGGGCGUCGAGCUCGUGCGCGACCGCGCGACGAAGCAGCCUGCGCCAGAAGAAACCGACUGGAUCUGCGAGCGCCUGCUCGACUACGGCGUGAUUAUGCAGGCGACGAGCGAGCGGCGUAACGUGCUCAAGAUCAAGCCCCCGCUCACGCUCACCCCGGCCCAUGCACGCGUGUUCCUCGACGCGCUGGACGCGGUGCUGGGCGAGCUGGAGGCGAGGGCAUAG